AUGGCUGCCCCCGCUCAGAAGUUCAAGGUCGCCGACAUCUCGCUGGCCGCCUUCGGUCGCCGCGAGAUCGAUCUCGCCGAGAUUGAGAUGCCCGGUCUCGUCUCCAUCCGUACCAAGUACGGUGCUGACCAGCCUCUGAAGGGUGCUCGCAUUGCCGGUUGCCUUCACAUGACCAUCCAGACUGCUGUUCUCAUCGAGACCCUCGUUGCUCUCGGUGCUGAGGUUACCUGGACUAGCUGCAACAUCUUCUCCACCCAGGACCACGCCGCUGCCGCCAUUGCCGCCGCUGGUGUCCCUGUCUUCGCCUGGAAGGGUGAGACCGAGGAGGAGUACAACUGGUGCUUGGACCAGCAGCUCUCCGCUUUCAAGGAUGGCCAGAAGCUCAACCUCAUCCUUGACGACGGUGGUGACUUGACCUCUCUCGUUCACAACAAGUACCCUGAGCAGCUCCAGGGCUGCUUCGGUCUCUCCGAGGAGACCACCACCGGUGUUCACCACCUUUACCGCAUGCUCAAGGACAACAAGCUCCUUGUUCCCUCCAUCAACGUCAACGACUCCGUCACCAAGUCCAAGUUCGACAACCUGUACGGCUGCCGUGAGUCUCUCAUCGAUGGUAUCAAGCGUGCCACCGAUGUCAUGAUUGCUGGUAAGAUCGGUGUCGUUGCCGGUUUCGGUGAUGUCGGCAAGGGUUGCGCUCAGGCUCUCCACACCAUGGGUGCUCGCGUUCUCGUUACUGAGAUCGACCCCAUCAACGCCCUCCAGGCCGCUGUCCAGGGUUACGAGGUCGUCACCAUGGACGAGGCUGCUGCCAUCGGUCAGAUCUUCGUCACCACCACUGGUUGCCGUGACAUCCUGGUUGGCAAGCACUUCGAGGCCAUGCGCAACGACGCCAUUGUUUGCAACAUUGGUCACUUCGACAUUGAGAUCGACGUUGCCUGGCUCAAGGCCAACGCCAAGUCCGUCCAGAGCAUCAAGCCCCAGGUUGACCGCUACCUGAUGCCCAACGGCCGUAACAUCAUCCUCCUUGCCGAGGGCCGUCUCGUCAACCUUGGCUGUGCUACCGGCCACUCUUCCUUCGUCAUGUCCUGCUCUUUCUCCAACCAGGUCCUUGCCCAGAUUGCCCUGUUCAAGGCUGAGGACAAGGCCUUCGGCCAGAAGUACCCUGAGUUCGGUACCACUGGCAAGAAGGACGUUGGCGUUUACGUUCUGCCCAAGGUUCUUGACGAGCAGGUCGCUUUCCUCCACCUUGAGCACGUCAACGCCAAGCUUUCCACCCUCACUCCUGUGCAGGCUGAGUACCUUGGCCUGGAUGCCAAGGGUCCUUACAAGGCUGACCACUACCGCUACUAA